GAUGUAACUUCCUCCUGACUCAGUCUAGUUGCACUUUAGGGUGUGUGCUUGCUUUUAAAGAGUGGAUCGUUUCUGUCUGUGUGUGUGUGUGUGUGUGUGUGUCCCAGCUGUGGCUGACCGCGGCUGGAGAGGGAUUCCUUGCUGUCAGUUAGUCCCCCUCCGAUGCUUCUGCCUGAGGAGGGGGUGAUCGUGUGUGCCUCCGCCUGUGUUGCCCGGAACCAACAUGAACUGCUGGUUUUUAUUACCUCUGCUGACCAGUGUGGUGUCCAUCGCGGGAACCUGGACAGUGUAUGGUCUAGCCCUGGCGAAUGGCCAUGUGUGCCCAUUGUACAACUGGGUGUACAAUCAUUCCUGUUCUCCUGAUGCCUCGGUGAGAUGUUGCUCUAUUCAAAACAUGCCCUUCGUAAGCACCAGUGGAAUGAACCUUCCUGAAAACUCUCUCUACAGCGCAGUGCUUAAUGCAGUCUCUGUUUUAUUUGCUUUGGUGUGCAUUUUCCGACACGCUCAGAUAGUGGAACGGAAAGUAGACGAGGCUCUGCUGAGUAAGGCUGCUAUGAUUAUAGGCUUCUUUGGCUCCAUAGGAGGCUUCAUCGCUGGAAACUGUAAUCCAUCGGUUCUCAUGGUGCUACACUACUUUGGAGCCACACUGUGUUUUGUCAGUGGUUGCAUUUAUACCAUUUUACAGACAGCGUUAACAUUCAGGCUCCACUUGACAGGGAAGGAGUGCUUCUUGGCGCCUCUACGUGCAGUUCUGACCAUUUUCCAAGUGGUCUUCUCUAUUUGCUAUUUGGCCUUUUUUGUCCAUCCAGACACCAAGAAACAACACAUAGGAGCCAUCUGUGAAUGGAUCUUGGCCACAAAUUUCUACGUCUUUAUCAUGUCAUUUUCUUUCGAAUUUUAUUAUAUAACCUCAGCAGUGCUCUAUGCAUUGAUUAGUAGACCUGAUGAUGAGAAGGUCGCAAUUCUGUCUGAACCCAGAGGUACAAAUAUGGCCACAUUCGAUAAAUGACGUACGGAUCGCCAAGUGCAGACACGCCGCAGGAUUACAGGCUGUUGGAAUCACCCCAUUCUCUGCAUUACUUAUAUUAUGUCGCGUAAAUCUCUUUAUCUGUAUCAAAAUGUUUCUUCUCCUUUGGAACCCACAGGUUGGUUUUUUUAAUGUUUCUUAGCGAAGUCAGUUAGCACAUUGUGAACCUUUGCGGGGAGCAUCACUGCCCCCAUAUCCCUCCGAGUGCCACAGCUACCCAGCUACAAAGUGACAAGACAAGGCUGAAGCCUUUGAAUGUCGAGUUUCCACUUAUCAUUGUGUCCGCCAUAGGCGUUCCUAGUAUUCAUCACAUGAGAUAUCUCUGGCCCUCCUGCCUCAUUGUCCUCCAGCUACUCUACAAAGCGUCAAGGCCUAGGUAACGGUGAGCCUUUCUCACUAACUAUUGGCUUUGGUCAAUCUGAGGACAGCCUGGGAAGGAAAGGCCUAAAGAAGGUGAGUCAGACCUUUCUCUCUUUCAGCCAACUCCUGGAUCCUUGGCUCGUUUGUGGUCAGUGGCAGCCAGAAGUCAGGGAGUCAGGCUUCAGGCCUACAGCUGAUUUUGUAAUCCCAGCCCUGCAAGGCCCUGCCACUGGGUGAGCUUGUGCUGGGGGUGUCUGUGGUGCACGAGCUGGACCUGACAAACAGGCCGAACACAGUUAAAAUGUCUGGGGGGAAGUCAGUAUCCCUUCUAUCUGCCAUGGAUUUACACUGGGUGCCUCGGGAGAGAGGAUAGCCAGUGCAACUAACAAGCAAAGCAGUUUCUCAGGGAAGUGUCAGCAGCCACGUGCAGCCUGCAGUGGAUCCACAAUUGGGGCCCAGCUCCCUGCCUUGCCUGACUGGAAUCUCUGGACCUUUUCAUGAGUUUCAGGGGAGGAUUUGGCCCAAAUGACACAGGAGCUUCCAUUUGGAGAUGGAUUUAUGAAAGUAAAUAUUGUAAAACACUUCCUUAAUUGUCGGACUGGGGUCUGAUUAAGUUGCAAUUCAAUUAAUGGAGGGGGGAGGGAAAGGGACCUGUCUCUUCGAGGGGAAGGGGAUUUAGGGUAGCACAGCUGCAGCAACCUACCCAGGUAUCCAGCUUCUUCACUGAUGUACAGGUUGACCACUCCCUUUAGUGCAGAAAAGGUGGCGUUAGGCAUUUUUGAAAAUCGAUAAUAUGUUGUUGUAGAAUCUCACAGCACAGAUGGAGGCCAUUAGGCCCAUUGUGGUUGUGCUCUCUCUUUGAAAAAGCCAAUCAGCUAGUUCCUCACCUCUCUUGUUACCCAUACCCCGUAUUUUGUUUCCCCUUGUACUGUUUGGAUAUUUUCCUAAUCAAUCUGUUAUGUACUUCUGGAGUAGUUAGGACUUAAACCCAGGUCUCCUGGCUUAGAGAUAGGGUCCCUACUACUGUACCGCAAGAACCCCUACUUUUGUUGCAUUUAUUAAAUUCCCUUUUGUAAGGUGCAGUUGAAUCUCCAAUCAGGCACUGUAUUGCAGAUCACAACUCCUCACUGCGUUAAAAAACAAAAUCCUCAUGUCUCCUCUGCUUCUUUUGCGGAGCACCUUAAAUCAUUGAUUGUGUUCUUCCCCAUUGCUCUGUUGGAGCUGCUGUUUCUGCAGACCCUACCUCAACAGAAGGUGAGAUGUGACUGACCUCUUUAUGAAGCCCCUUGUGCCAAAAUUGUACUUUUCCUGUCAGACACAGAAGAUUAAAAAUGGAUGUCACUGUUUUUGGGCCUAUUUUCCAGAUAGUUUGUGUUUUACUUUAUUCAGCAGGAGAAUGGACAACAUACUGUAUUUAGUUCUGCAUUAAUUUUUAACAUUCCAGACUGUUAGAAAUAAAUUCAGUAAAUCAAAGAA